AUGAAUAGUGCCAAGGAUAUAUUUGAAAGUUGGACAAAGUCAACAGACAAAGAAGAAGAUGUUGAAGAGGAAGAUCUUUCAAUAGUACCUUCUCUACAAUGGGAGAUUGCACAACACAACUAUAGUCUCGAUGGACCAAUACCAGUCGAUGCUUCAAAUGAAGAUAAAUGGAUUUGUAGAUGUGGUCAAAGCAAAUCAUAUCCCUAUUGUGAUGGUUCACACACUCAAUACAACAUUGAUAAUGGUUCAAAUGUUGGACCACUCAAAGUACCAAAAGAGAAUGGAAGAAUUGUUUAUGUUUGUCGAUGUGGAUACUCUAAAGAGAAACCUUUCUGCGAUGGAACACAUACAAAGUUAAGAUUAAUUGAUAGAAAACCUGAUGAUACUUCAUUAUUUACAAGUUAUUUGAUUAUUGGAGCUUCAUUUCUCAUAUUUUCAUAUUUAUCUUUUAAAGAAUCAAUUCCACAUUAA